AUGGGGACGGAGGUUUUAUACUCGCAGGAUUUGUUAGCACAGCGGCUCCACGUCGCUCCGCCGCCCUUCCACCGCCGCAGAAACAACCCUUCCCAGGGGAAUUUGACGAAUUUGAUCGUCAAUCGGCGGCCGGGAAACAACACCAACGCCAACACCAACACCAACAAUAAGAAGACUUCUCCCAGAUCCGAGAAGAGAAAAUCCAACGAAUCAAAAAAAGCGACCCACGGCAGCGAUGCGCGGCGGAGAGACGUCUCCGGCGGGCCGACGGUGGGCCAGGUCACGAUUCUGCGGAGGGGCCAGUCGCUGAGCUCCAUCGCCGCAAAAUUGAACGGCGGCGAGGGAGGCGACGCGAGAUCCAGGUCUCCGCCGGCGAAGAAGCCGGCGGCGGACGAUAUGGCUCCGGAAAUGAUGCCGAAGCCGAUCCGCCUAUCGCCGGCGCCGCUGCCCGACAUGUACGCCGGGACCGCGUUUGCGCUGUCGCCAUCUCCUCGAUCUCUACCUCUACCUUCUUUUUUCAACAAGAAACAACAGGAUUUCGUCAAGAUCAAUUCUUCCGAUGAUCCGGCGACGAGGGAUCUGCGCCGAUUGCUUCGACUCGAGUGA